CUCAACCCUGCCGCCUCCCACGAGUCGACCCUACCACUCGGGAAAGAUAUAAGGACUCUUCAUCCCACCAGCUUCAUCCCAACCUCACACUCCACACACAGCUCGACUUCCAUCGCCUCUUCUGUCUUGUUCCUUUCUUUUCUGUAUUGGUCCACUUCUAUACUUCAGUAAAGGCUACUUUCCAGACGUCAACGAACCUCCCUUCCACAUAUUUUAACCUCCUCAAAGAGACAUCAACCCAGCAUCAUGGUUUCUGCUACAACAGUACUCUUUGCUGCCCUGGCGGCAGUGGUGUCUGCUGCUCCCGGGUGCAGGCCACCCCUUAAAUAUACCCUCCCCAAGAUCGGAGGAGGCGAGGAGCUUGCCGCGCCGGCCGCCGGCCUCGUGGUCAAGAAGAUUGCUCUCGGCCACGGCAUCCAAAACUACACCUGCGAAUCGUCCACGGCCGAGAGCGCUGCAACUGGCGCCGUCGCCAUGCUCUACGAUGUCACGAGCUUCUAUCCGGGAACAAGAAACAGCGGCAUCAGGCCGGAUCUCUGGGAUAACCUGCCCGCCAAUCUGCUCUGGAGCAAGCCCGUCCCGCUCAACAAGCUCCCCGGUUCCGAAUAUGGAGCCGACCCGGACACGCCCUUCCCCGACCCCACCGACUUGAGCGUCGAAGGCGUGCCCGCUGCCAAGUUCCUCGGCCACCACGUCUUCGACAUCAACAGCAUCCCCGUGUUCGACCUCUCCGCGGCUGGCCUCACGGCGGCUGUCAAGAAGAUCGACGGGAAGACCGCGCCCAAGAACGCCGACAAGGGCAUCAUCGGCACCGGCGCCGUCGCAUGGCUGCAGCUCGACGACAACGGUGAGGGUCACUCCCAGGGCGUGAGCUCCGUCUUCCGUGUCAUCACCGCCGGCGGUGCUGCCGAGCCCUGCUCGGUCGCUGGUGCCGGUGUUCAGAGCGUGCCAUACGCCACCUACUACUGGUUCUUCGGGUAAACGCCCAUGAUGGGGGAGCCCGAUUUUGAGUCUGCGCCCGAGCGGCGUGGGAAAAGGCACAUGACGCGGCACGCGUUGGUUGAUAUUGGGGCCAAGAACGGAUUUGGGGUUGCCGACGAGGCGGGUGCGGGAACCCCUUACUGUGCCGCCAUCCCAACCCUCGAUUCGGGACGCCACUCAGGCUUAUUUUUAUCCAACCACCCAACACCUCUUGAUCAUCUCAUGCUCGCCAUCAUCC